GUGAGAUACCAUAUAACUAAUAAUAAGAGCUGAGCUGAGCUUCAAGAAUGGCAGCCAUGCAGCAGGCCUACAAUCCUCCGGAACGACCUUCAAGCAACUUGUUCAAGUACUUCAGAUUUCACAUCAACAGAGACUCGCCGAGCGCCACUCGGAAUGCGCUGUUGGUGGUGGCAGCACUCAUAGCCACCGUGACCUUCCAGGCGGGCGCCAACCCUCCCGGCGGUGUUUGGCAGGAUACAAAGUUGGGACACGAACCAGGAACGUCCAUCUACUCCAAGAGCCCAGUUCCCUUCACUCUAUUCCUGGUUGCCAACACUGUCGGUCUUUCUGCGUCCAUCAGCAUCAUCACUUAUCUCACUAUCGGCUUCCCUCUGUAUGCAGAGGUCAUCACCGCUUUAUAUUCGAUGAUCCUUACAUAUGCUUCUUCUGUAAUUGCAGUCACACCCAAAGGCUCGGUCAAGUACCGUUAUGUCCUCAUUGGUGCUUUGCUGCCUUUCCUUCUACGGUUUAUAAGGCAGACAUACAGAUAGUGUAGUCGCAAAUAUAUAGUCCAUGAGUUCAAAUCAGUGAUGUGAUUGCAGAGCUGCAGAACAAUGGAAGUCGUCCGUCCUGAUUUCCAAUUCCAUUUUGGGUCGUCUGGGGUUGUCAUGUGUCGUGUUCUAGCGUUGUAGCUCAAGUUGGUUUGUGGUUUGGAUGUUUUAAUUUUACUGGGUUGAUCUUUGCUUAU